AUGGCCGCCCGCCUGUUGCUGAGCUUGGCCCUCGUGCCUUUUGCUCUUGGGCUUCGGUUUGACCCGGCAUUUGAGGAUUACAACCUCAACCAGAACAAGACGGCCACGAACCCGUUAGACUACUGGGCUGAACGUCCAGGCUUCACUUACACACCGUCGCCGGACAACUGGCGCUUUCCGUUUUAUACCCUCUUCCUCGACAGAUUUGCCAAUGGGGACCCCACAAACGAUGACAUCAACGGCACUGUCUACGAGCAGGAUAUUACGAGUAACCAGCUGCGACAUGGUGGUGAUAUUCAGGGUCUAGUCGACAGCUUGGAUUACAUACAGGGGAUGGGCAUAAAGGGCGUCUACAUUGCCGGUUCUCCAUUUAUCAACCUGCCGUGGGGUGUUGAUUCGUACUCUCCCAUCGAUCUAACACUGCUCGAUUUCCAUUAUGGCGACAUCAAAGAGUGGCAGGACAUGGUUGACGAGGUGCACAAGAGGGGCAUGUAUGUCAUUUUGGACCACACAAUGUCGACGAUGAGUGAUUUGCUCUCUUUCCAAGGCUUUGAGAAUGUGACAGCUACCUUCACAAUAACGGAACACAAGGUGAUGUACAAGGGCAGUCGCCAGUACCUCGACUUUGCGCCUUCCAACAACUACAAGGACAAAUGCGAUUAUCCAAGGUUCUGGCUCGAGACGGGCUUGCCUGUUGGGACUGACGUUACGAGUCAGCUCAAUGGCUGUUUUGACAGCGAUUUCGAUCAGUAUGGCGACAUUGAAGCCUUUGGUGUUCAUCCCGACUGGCAGCGUUCCCUGGCAAAGUUCGCAAGCGUGCAAGAUCGUCUGCGAGAGUGGAUUCCCGAAGUGCGCAACAAGAUUGAACUGUUUUCCUGCAUCUCUAUCAUCAUGCUCGAUGUCGACGGUUUCCGCUUUGACAAAGCCACCCAGGUUACGGUCGAUGCGCUCGGCGACCACUCGGACGCGGUCCGCAAGUGCGCCGAGAAAGUCGGCAAGAAGAACUUCUUUCUGCCUGGCGAAAUCACUGGAGGCAACGAUUAUGGCUCCAUCUAUAUUGGCAGGGGCCGCCAGUCGGACCAGAAGUUCACCGUCGAUACGAGCAAGGCCAUGAACAUGACCACUGACUCACUCAACAAGGCUGGCAACCUGACAAUACGCGACCCAGGCAAGAACGCCCUCGACUCGGCUGCUUUCCAUUACUCGGCAUACCGCUUCCUGACGAGAUUUGUGGGCAUGAGCGGGAAUCUGGAGGCGGGCUUCGACCUGCCCCGCGACUGGGUGCUGAUGUGGAACGAGAUGAUACUCACCAACGACUUGGUCAACCCCAACACGGGCGUUUUCGACCCGCGGCACAUGUACGGCACCACCAACCAAGACGUGUUCCGCUGGCCCGCCAUCACACAAGGCACGGAACGAAUGAUGCUGGGCCAGUUCAUUAUGACGCUGCACCUGCCCGGAAUCCCGCUCGUGUACUACGGCGAAGAGCAGGCUCUCGAUGCGCUAGACAAUACGGCUGAUAAUUACAUCUUUGGUCGCCAGGCCUUCACAGCCACACAAGCCUGGAAGAUGCAUGGCUGUCACGCUGGCAACAGCACCCAGUAUGUCGGCUGGCCCAUAGAUUCCGCCAGGACCGUUUGCAACGAUGACAAGGUCGCCCUUGACCAUCGAGAUCCGUCGCACCCGGUGCGCAACAUCAUGAAGUCAAUGUACAACAUGCGGGACAAUAUCAGGUCGUUGAAAGAAGGCUGGCUUCUGCAGCCCCUGGCCAAUCAGACAAGCUUCGUCUCGCUGCCCGGCAGCGGUGACAUACAGACAGAGGUCGGGAUUUGGUCUGUCGCGCGAGCCAUGCAGCCCGAUUUCGUCCAGGCCCAAUUCCCGGACGACCCUGUCUGGUUCAUAUAUCACAACAAAAACGAGACGACGACAUACAAUCUGGAUUGUAAGGGAAAUGACACGGCCUUUUACUCCCCCUUCAAUGCCAACUCGGUAGUGCGGAAUCUCUUUUACCCGUGGGACAAUAUCACGCUCUUGGAGUCGCCCAAGGUGCUCGGUUUCGCGGGCUCCGAGCAAAAGAGCGGGUGCAUCGACAAGAUUACCCUGAAGCCCUUCGAGUACCGCGUCUACGUCGACGAAGCUAGGUGGGUAGGGCCGCGGCCUAUGGUCACAAAAUUCACCCCGGGCCAUGACUCGACUGUCAACUCGGAUAACGCCAGGGGCACUGUCUCUUUUGCUCUCGAGUUUUCCGAGCAAAUGAACUGCGAGGCAAUGUCGACAGCAAUCACAAUCUCGUCCACGGUCGAGUCGGGAGGAGACGCGAAACUGUCUUCGCCGCGUUGCGAUAUUAUUCAAGACUCGCCAGUGUCGUCCCUGGUCGGGUCUAUACCGUCGCGGUGGAGAUUUUCUGCUACUCUGACUGACGUCAAGGAUGGCAUCCACGAGAUCAUCAUCAAGGACGCGAAAGCGGAUGGGGGCAACUCGACGGGCAUCACUGACCACUUCUUCCUCCGGGUUGGCGCGCCCAAUAACCCGAUCGCCUACCCUAGCUCGGCCAACUAUUCGAAAACCCUGGUGACGAAGGAGGGGAACGAUCUCUUUGUCAAUCACGCCGCCGCUGGCGCUGAUAAGUGGCGAUACUCGACCAACUGGGCCUCGUCGUGGAGCAACUGGACUGACUACAAAGGGGGCAAGGACAAGAUCACGAACCUUCCUUGGUCGGGAACCAGUCUCCAGGCUUGGGAUGGGGAUCAUGUCAUGGUGCAGUACUGGUCCAAGAAGCUGGGCAGCAGCUCCUUCAUGCAGUCCGGCGAUAGUACGCCCCAGAACGCUCGUCGGUUCCCGCACAUUUUUGCCCACGGGACCUUCAAUAAGUUUGGCUUCGACGCUGGAGUCAAGAACCAGUUUUCGCUUGCUUCUGACGGGCAGUGGCAGGCACACCUGAUGGACGAGUGGCCGACCACGUUCCAGCUGAACAUCUGGGGCAUGAACCCCGACGGACAGCCCGAUGCCAGCUUCGUGUACGGCGAUGUGGACGGCGACGGCAUUCUCGACCGCAUGCCCCCCUCUUCCCUGGCCGUCAACGCGCUUAACCUUACAGGGCCACCCAAGAUGCCGGCACUGUCGUACCGGUUGACGUUCGACGACGCGACGCUCGGCUUCCGCGUGGAUCCGAUUGGAAAUAUCUGGACGCAAAUCUUGCUGUUCAUCCUGCUGGCUGUUCUCCCCAUUGUCGGCGGCCUCACCGCCGUGUGGAUUUUUAUGGGCUCCUUCUACAAGGUCAAAAUCAACAAGAUCGGCUUCAAGCGCCGCGGCCGGUCCCCCUUCCGCAAGCUGGGUAACCGUCUGAGCAGCAUCUCCUUUGACAACCUGCACAAGGACGAAGAGGGCAUGGAGCUGGCCGCGGUUCCGGGCAAGCGGAGGAAGGUUAUAAUCGCCACCAUCGAGUAUAAUAUCGACGACUGGAACAUCAAGAUCAAAAUUGGCGGUCUGGGCGUUAUGGCUCAGCUCAUGGGCAAAGCCCUCGAGCACCAGGACCUCAUCUGGGUCGUGCCCUGUGUCGGUGGCAUCGAGUACCCCGUCGACCAGCGUGCCGAGCCCAUGUACGCCCCCAUCAUGGGCAAGGAGUAUGAGAUCGAAGUGCAAUACCACCAGGUCCAGAAUAUCACAUACGUGCUGCUUGACGCCCCCAUUUUCCGUCAGCAGUCAAAGUCUGACCCGUACCCACCGCGAAUGGACGAUAUUGACUCGGCAAUCUACUACUCGGCCUGGAACUACUGCAUCGCCGAGGCGAUCCGCCGGUUCGACCCCGAUCUGUACCACAUCAACGACUACCACGGAGCCGCUGCACCCCUGUACCUGCUUCCGGAGCGCACGAUCCCCUGUGCUCUGUCUCUCCACAACGCCGAAUUCCAGGGCAUGUGGCCCAUGCGCACGCCCGAGGAGUCCAAGGAAGUCUGCGAAGUGUUCAACCUAGACCCCGAGAUCGUGAAGGACUACGUCCAAUUUGGCUCGGUCUUCAACCUCUUGCAUGCCGGCGCCAGCUACCUUCGCGUACACCAGAAGGGAUUCGGCGCCGUUGGUGUCUCCAAGAAGUAUGGCGACCGCUCGUACGCGCGGUAUCCUAUUUUCUGGGGCCUGUCCAAGAUCGGCCAGCUGCCAAAUCCCGACCCUAGCGACACGGCCGAGUGGACUAGAGACGAGGAGGUCAAGGAGAGGGACGUGGUCGUCGACGUCGAGCUCGAAUCCAAGCGCGGCGACGCCAGGAAGCAGGCCCAGGAAUGGGCCGGUCUCGAGAUCAAUCCGAAUGCCGAGCUGUUCGUCUUCGUCGGUAGAUGGUCCCUUCAGAAGGGCGUGGAUUUGAUUGCCGAUAUCUUCCCGUCCAUUCUUGAAAAGUACCCGAACACGCAGCUGAUCUGCGUCGGCCCCGUCAUCGAUCUCUACGGCAAGUUCGCAGCCCUCAAGCUCGCGAAACUCAUGGAGCGGUACCCGAAGCGCGUGUACAGCAAGCCUGAGUUUACGGCCUUGCCGCCCUAUAUUUUCACCGGUGCCGAGUUUGCUUUGAUCCCGUCUCGCGACGAGCCGUUCGGGCUGGUUGCCGUCGAAUUCGGCCGUAAGGGCGCCCUGGGCGUCGGAGCGAGAGUUGGUGGUUUGGGCCAGAUGCCGGGAUUCUGGUAUACGAUCGAAUCGACGGCGCCCCAGCAUCUCCUCCAUCAGUUCCGGGAGGCUAUUGUCAGCGCCUUGGAGACGAAGCAAAAGUCUCGAGCCAAGAUGAGGGCGUGGAGCGCCAAGCAGCGCUUCCCAGUCGCCCAGUGGGUCGAGGACCUCGACAAGCUCCAGACCGAGGCCAUUCGCCUUCACAAGAAGGAGCUCAAGAAGAGCAGGAGGAUUACUAGCGGCGGCUCGAUGCUUACAGUGCCCUCCAACCUCGAUCUCUCCGGCCGCGGCGGUAACCGGCCAUAUUUCGACGACGAUGGCGACAUGGGCACGUACUCGAACCGCAACUCGCGCGCUUCGAGCAUGUCAAUCCCAUACAUCACCGAGACAGACCACGACGAGGAGCAGGGCCGACGGUCUGUGUCGAACCCCUUUUUGGACCACCCCAGCGCCUCGUCGACUCCGCCUCUAGGUUCGCCCGGCCACCCUCCGCGGGAAGACGGCGCAGACGAGCCAUUCAUCCCGCCAAACCCCAUGUUCGCCAACCAGUCGGCACGGUCGUCUGUGUCGAGUCUGGCGACUGUCGUGGCCAACGACCCGAACUAUGCUGGAUCGCGCCUCAGCGUCGACACUUUUGCUAUGCGCAUGAUGUCGCCUGACAGUUCCGAGACGCAGCCUCAGGCCUUUGGUCUCUACAACCCCCAAGCGCGACCGAACGCGUCACAGAUCUACCAACACCGCAACAGCUCUCGUCUGUCGGUCAUCGAUGUUGUGGGCGGCCGUCAUGACUUCAAGCUCCAGAACGUCGACCCGUUCUUCACCGACAGCACCGGCGAGUACUACAAGGCGUAUGAGCAGAAAUUGGCGGGCCUGGAUGCCAAGAACUCGGAGACUGAUUUGUGCAUCGAGGACUACCUCAAGGAGAGCGAGAAGACGUGGUUCAAGGACUUCCGCGAAGCAAAGCUCGGCCGGAGCCGCAGCCCGAGCCGGACUAGAAGCCCUGGCCCGGCGCUUAUGGUCAAGAAGACCAGAGGCGGUGACCCCCGAGCCAGCGUGGUCAGCGUCAAUAGCAUCGCGCCGUCAGACGAAGAUGACAUGGACCAUGACGGCCACCAACAAGAGGAUGAACGCGACGACGAGUUCCUGUUGGGCACCGGGUACAAGCCGCCCAAGGGAUUCAAGAAGCUCCUGUCGAUCCGCAUUGGCGACUGGCCCGUCUACUCGUUCAUCCUCGCUUUAGGUCAGAUCAUCUCGGCCAACUCUUACCAGGUAGUGCUGCUGGCGGGCGAGUCGGGCCAGACGGCCAACCAGCUGUACGUUGUGUCUGGCACCUACGCCGUGUCGUCGGCCCUGUGGUGGCUCAUGUUCCGCCGCUUCAAGUCGCUCUACUCGCUCUCUCUGCCCUGGUUCUUCUACGGCCUCGCCUUCAUUCUCCUGGGCGUCACCCCCUUCCUGCCGGUCGGCUCGCGCGCAACCAUCCAGAACACGGCCACGGCCCUGUACGCUGUCGGCGCGUCCAGCGGCGCCCUGUUCUUUGCCCUCAACUUUGGCGACGAAGGCGGCGCGACAAUCAUGACAUGGAUAUUCCGCGCCGCUAUCAUUCAGGGAAUCCAGCAGGUCUACCUGGUCGCCCUAUGGUAUUGGGGCAACCUGAUCACGGGGCAGACGCCCACGGGCCUGCUCAACGGCGCCACCAUCGGCAACAAGGUGCCCGUGGUCUUGGUCAUCACGGUGCCGAUUGCGCUAAUCUUCUGGGCCCUCGGCGUCAUCUCCUUCAUCGGCCUCCCCGACUACUACCGCCAGUCGCCCGACAAGAUCCCCAGCUUCUAUAUGUCGCUGGUGCGGCGCCACAUCGUGCCGUGGUUCUUCCUGACCGUCAUCAUCCAGAACUACUGGCUCUCGACGCCCUACGGCCGCAACUGGGAGUUCUUGUUCGACACCAAGUACAUCCCGGGCUACGGCGUCCUGCUCCUGGCCCUGGGCUUCUUCGUCGGGCUUUGGGCCAUCUUGCUGUGGGUCUUCUCCUUCUUCUCCAAGACGCACCCGUGGAUCGUGCCGCUGUUCGGCAUCGGCCUCGGCGCCCCGCGCUGGGCCCAGAUGCUGUGGGGCGUCAGCGGCAUCGGCCUGUACCUGCCGUGGGCCGGCGGCGCCGUCGGCUCGGCCGUCCUGGCGCGCUGCCUGUGGCUGUGGCUCGGCACGCUCGACGCCAUCCAGGGCGUCGGCCUGGGCAUGGUGCUCCUCCUCACCCUGACCCGCCAGCACGUCGCCGCCACCCUCAUCGGCGCCCAGAUCCUUGGCGCCGGCUUCACCAUCCUCGCCCGCCUCACCGCGCCCCACAAAGUCCUCCCCGACCCUGUCUUCCCCGACUUCUCCGAGGGCGUCAUGCCCGGCAUCGCAAAGCCCUUCUUCUGGGUCGCCCUGGUCCUGCAGCUCAUCCUGCCCAUCGGCUUCUUUAAGUUCUUCCGCAAGGAGCAGGUUGCGAAGCCGUAA